AUGCGUUCAUUCUUAUUUUCCCUUUAUUCCAGCAAGGAACUUGCUCAAGUAUCAGAAGAAACAAAAGAUGAAGACGCGUCAUUUCCUCAAUAUCCUAACGAACAUAAAGUUCCACAGAAUAAACUAGCCUACAAAGGCAUAAAAUAUCAAGAAAGUAUACAAGGAGCUGCCUUCAAGUAUUUUGUAGAAACAUCGGCGUUUUCUCGACAUUUGGUCAUAUUGUACGAGCUUGUUGACGCUUUGAGACAAAGCCACGAGGUUCAACAAAAUGGUGUUCUUAUUUCCGACCGUCUUAAUGGUUUAGUUGAUGGCAUUAACGUUGUUGAAGAAGAUAUAAGCGAUUUUCGAUAUAAAGCAUCAGAAGCCUUUAAUACUUUACAGUCUGAAAUGUCAUUAAUCUAUGACGCAUUAGAAGCUGAAAAAUUAUCGGACGACGAAAAAUUAUAUACCUACGACAUAUUUAUUCCCGAACUUUUCGUUGACAAAUUUUAUGAAAUAUUCGCGUAUUGGGAUAAUGAUCGAAAUCUGUCAGGAUUCAUUAAACGGCAAUUAAAAUUUCUGGAAUUCAUAAUUCGAGACUUCAAAGGCCACUUAAAUAAAAUGAUUGACUCUUUGAGUAGGGUUAAACUGGAUGCCAGGAAUAUGCUCUUUUAUUUGAUAGAUGGCGAAAGAGAAGCUGAGAAGGCAGUUAGAAACUAUCGGGUUAAAGCAUUCAUUGAUUAUGGCAAACUAACCGGGGCAGAAAAUGAGUUGAGCCAAGUUCGCCAAGUGAAAAAAUUCACCAAAUCAUUAGUUGCAAAUUUGAAUGAAUUCGAUCAUUACUUGAGAGAUUACAAACGCAAAUUACUCGAUGUAGAGACGGACGUAAUUUAUGCACGUGCUUUGAAAAAACCAUCAAAAGUGUUGCUUAAUUACUUGAAAACUUCCGCUAAUCAAUUCCAGAAAAAACAUCGAUUAUUUGAUAAUCUCGAGAAAAAAAUAGGCACUAGUCAGUCAUCUACAUUAGAACACGAAGAAAUAUAUAAGAUGAACGACAACGAUACCAAAUCGCAGACACUAACUCUUCAACCAGAAAAUAACGAAAGUUUAUCUCAGUAUCCGAUCUCGUAUUAA